AGACAGAGAAGGAUCCAGUUGUUGGAGUAUGGCCUGGAUAUCGCAGCCGAGGGCAGUCCACUGGAUGCGUGGAGUGCGAGGGUGCUCCAGUGGCAGGCGCAGAUGAGCAUCGCAAUGAAGAACGCUAAAUUUGCGCGUCUCAACGUGACUGAACGCGCUGCGCAGUCACGUUGA